UCUGGCCCACUGUGCGGAGUAACCCCCGACUUGAAUCGAAAGAUGUACUCGGUCCUAGUGCAAAUGAGCCAAAUUGUGUUCACUGGGCCUACAGAUUACAGUCCUUAUCCGAGAAGACCCCUGUCGAUGCUUUCAAUCCCGACCUGAAGACAUACCCAUUGUUCCGGCAUGCAAAAGCGAUAGAGUUCGAUCAGAAGCCUGGCGAGCUUCUCAUCAUUCCGACUGGCUGGUUCCAUCAAGCUUACAAUGAUGAUGAAACCAUGGCAGUCAGUAGCCAGGUUAUGAAUUCUGGAAACUAUGAGAUUGUAAUUGAAGAGAUUUUGAAAGCUAAUGAAGUUCUAAAAGAUAAACUACCACAGACUUUUGAUGACAUGACACCUGUACAAAAGGUGAAUACCUUGAUGAGAUUGAUGCCAAAGGACAUAUUAGACAGAGGUCGUGAAGUCAAUGCUGAAGCCUUGAAUGAAAUCCACAAAGGAACAAGAUAAACCACAACUCCUGCAGACAACCCUGGAUGAUGGAACCAUCCAUUUACUAUUUUCAGUUUGCAGAAAUUUAAUCAGCUGUUAUUUGCAACCCAAGAGCCAGUGGUGUAUCUAGUGCACAUGCCCUCCCUAUAAAAGCUUGCACCCCUGCUUCCCC